GCCGCACUGGGAGGCCUUCCGGCGGGAGGGCAAGGCGCACAAGCUGUGGCUGAUGCAUUGGCUCGUCGAGGAGAGCAGCGAGCUCGAGAGGGCGGUCCCCGACAGCGACCCGCGUAUCUGGCUCGAGGACGUCACGGGCGAGGAGGCCCUUGCAUGGGUCAAGGCACGAAACGCAGCAGCGCUCUCCAGCUUUGGCAACCCGUCCGACUCGGCCACGUACUCUCGGAUCCUGGAGAUCCUGGACUCGAAGGCAAAGAUCCCGUACAUCGGCCGCGUGCUGAACGGCCUCUACUACAACUUUUGGCAGGACGAGACGCACGUCCGCGGCAUCUGGCGGCG